AAAGUAUCCAAAAAGCUGCAACAAAAUGUCUCUUGCGGAUGAACUGUUGGCCGAUCUGGAGGAUGACAACGAUGAAGAGAUGGAGGAGGGGGUAGACACCAUCAAGGAGGAACCGAAGGCGCCAGCCGGCGAUGGUGACGAAGAGGACGCUGACUCGGGCGGUGAAGAAGAUGCCGUCAUUUACGAUCUUAAAGAUGAACCGAUGGAAAUCAACCUGGCCGUGGCAUCGAUACGGGAAAUCUGCAAACUGCGCGACUCGGACCGGCUGUCCAACGUGCUGUCGCAGAUCGAAAAGUACGCCAAGAACCCCCGCACAACGACGGAGAUGGUGGGCAACGUGGAGUCGGACCCGGAGUAUCAGCUCAUCGUGGAGGCGAACAACAUUGCGGUUGAUAUUGAUAAUGAAAUAUCCACGAUCCAUAAGUUCGUCAAGGACAAGUAUCAGAAGCGCUUUCCCGAGCUGGAUUCACUCAUCAUGGCGGAAAUGGACUACAUUCGCAGUGUGCGCGAGUUGGGCAAUGAUCUAGAUCAGGCGAAAAACAACGAGCGUCUGCAGGAAAUCAUUACUCAGGCGACGAUUAUGAUCGUUUCCGUGACGGCGUCCACCACACAGGGAGUGAAGCUAGAGAAGCACGAGCUGGAGCAGAUCAACGAGGCGUGUGAUAUGGCGGUCGAGCUGAACGAUUUCAAGAGCAAAAUCUUUGAGUACGUCGAAAGCCGAAUGACCUUUAUCGCUCCCAACAUGUCGAUGAUCGUGGGAGCGUCGACGGCUGCGAAGUUGGUCGGAUUGGCGGGUGGGCUGACGAAGCUGUCGAAAAUGCCGGCCUGCAACGUGCAGGUGCUGGGCGCACAGAAGAAAACACUAUCUGGUUUCUCCAAAGUGGCAAUGUUACCGCACACGGGCUACGUGUACUAUUGCGACAUCGUGCAAGAUACGCCGCCCGAUCUGCGCCGCAAAGCGGCACGCCUUGUCGCAGCCAAGUGUACGCUGGCGGCGCGUGUCGACGCGUCGCACGAAAGCCAUCUGGGCGAGAUCGGGCAGCGGUUCCGGGAGGACAUCGAGAAGAAGCUGGACAAGCUGCAGGAACCGCCGCCGGUGAAGUUUAUCAAACCGCUGCCGAAACCGAUCGAGGGAGGCAAAAAGAAGCGUGGCGGUAAGCGGGUGCGGAAGAUGAAGGAACGCUAUGCGAUUACCGAGUUCCGCAAGCAGGCCAACCGAAUGAACUUUGGUGAUAUUGAGGAGGAUGCGUACCAGGAGGAUCUCGGCUACACGCGCGGAACGAUCGGCAAAACCGGCACGGGCCGCAUCCGUUUGCCGCAGAUCGACGAAAAGACCAAGGUGCGCAUUAGCAAAACGCUGCAGAAGAAUCUGCAGAAGCAGCAGCAGGUUUGGGGCGGCAGCACGACGGUCAAGAAACACAUUUCCGGUACGGCGUCGAGCGUUGCCUUUACGCCGUUGCAGGGGCUGGAAAUUGUGAACCCCCAGGCGGCCGAAAAGUCGACCAGCGAAUCGGGGGCAAAGUAUUUCUCCAACACGUCCGGUUUCCUGUCCGUUGGCAAGAAAACAACGUAGAGACGGGGCAGUUGGUUGGUGUGAUGUAGGAGAAUGUUGUUAGCGGAAGGACGGACAAAACAUUGCAUACCAAAAGGAGGGCUAGAGAUAGACAAAUUGCUCUUGGAACUUGAAUAGUUGACCAAGAUGCAGAAUAUCGUCUUUGUUUAAAACAUUCGUAGGAAAAUUACUACCGAGUCCAGAUUUAAAUGAUAAGAAAUCAUCAGAAAAGAGGGAAUUUUACCAAUAAGCAGAAUAAAUCAGACAACUAUUGAA